AAACUCAACCACCUAUAUCAUCCAGCACUACAACCUACCCAAAAAUGAGUGAUCCGGAUCCUCAUGAAGAAUGUACAAUAUGCCUCGAGCUUCUAAUCCCCACAUCCCGCUUGGGAGUCGUGAGGGAUUGUCGUCACUACUACCACGACACAUGUAUUGUUCAGUGGUCUAACAACUCCAACUCGUGUCCUACUUGUCGUAACCUUUUUAAUGACAUCGAUAUCAAGGUUUCCAACAGCCCCCACAUCAUCGAAACCGUGCAUGUUCAAGAUAAGCUACUUGCAAACGACGCUAUCAAUGAUAUUCCUUCCGAAUACAUCAUCCCUGCCAACCAGAUCAUUCCAUCCACAAACGAAGAACUACAACCUUUGGACACCCAACGCCACGGCGUGUGCUCCAUCUGCUCCAGCUCCGACUACCGAACCUCAUUGACCAGAAACAUGGUCACGUGUCAGGCCUGCAACUCCAAGUUUCAUCAAACCUGUUUAAGCCACUCUGACUAUGACAGUGGAUGGUAUUGUCCCAUCUGUGACUGUCGCCAGGAGAUGGUGGUGAGUCCGGCGUUGUAUCGAAGACGACAGCCGGUGUCGAGACGAAGAGUUUCUGCCAAUGGCGUCAUUCGGCAUAUUAUCAACACUUCUUCAAGAAGGCGACAGCCCAUCCCUGAACCAACAGGUUUCUACGAUGACGAUAGAGACAUUGAUGAUACCGAAACGUAUACCAACAAUGAUGAUUUUAUGGACACCGAAGACGACCUUUUCGACUCCCAGCUGGUCCACUACUCACCUCCAGUGGUGAACGGAGGUCUGAUAGCCCGCAGAGAAAUACGGCAGUUGCAAUCUCUCACCCCCGAAGAACUCAAGUCCUGGGAGUUAUUUGACCAGGCCAAGGAUGGGAAUACACCUGCGGUGUUGGAUUCUAUGCAGAAUAAUAACACGCCUACUCGGAGACGAAGGAAAAAGCGGACUUUGCCAGAGACUUUGCCCCAGACUUCUGGUGAUACGCACCCCGAAAGACCCCUUGGGCCAGGGAGCUCUCGCAUCUCCAGUCUCAUGAACCAGAUCAAGACGUCUUCACCACCUCAUAAUUCCAGCUUUCAUACUGCUUCUAGAGAACCAGUUGUGGAAUAUUCGUCGUCAUACUCAGGAUCUCCCUCGGGAGGAAGCCCGUCCUCAUCAAACUUUAGUCCUGUGACUUCAGGAGAUGAAGACUCUCUGCUGGUUAAAGCACCAGUCCUCUCAUACGAUCAGAAAUCCAGAAUCCAGAAGUUUAUCCGAGACCGUUUAAGACCCCUUUAUAAAAAGAACACCAAUAAUGAAGUUAAGCUCAUCAGAAGCGAAGAUGAUUAUAUCAAGAUCAACAGGUCUGCAUCAAGAAAAAUAUAUGGCCGAAUUACUUCCAUGGCCCAAACAGACAACCAAGUAAUGGACUCAUUAUUUGGUGAUGACGAACGAAAUCUACAAACCCUAGUCCAAGACUAUAUUAAUAACGAAAUUAACGAGUACUCCAGGUGAUUGCACCUUCAUGGUACAAACACACUUUGAAAUAUACAUUUAAUGAUUUUGUCGACUCUAUACUCAUCUACGGCGUGGUCCUUUGGGCUUGUUGAACCUCAAGCCAGAUUUGCUGGUGCUUGAAGGUACUUCUUCCGAUGGCUUCAACUCGCCUAUUUCUAGCUCCUCGGGAUCUCCAAUGUCCAACACUUUGUCCAACUCCAAGCCAUGGUCCUUGAACAAACUCUUUAAAUGGUUGAUCAAUCCUUGCUUGUUGGAAGCAUAAAUCAUUCUGUCCUUAACCUUUGACCCCGAAGGACAAGUGUAAAUCAACACCGACUUCCCUGGUGAGUAACUGUAGACUGCAAACUGGGGAGCCGGAUUAGAAGAAUCGUUAGAGGCCUCUAAAGUGCUAACCAAAGAACCCAACUCAAUAUUGGCUCUUUUGGAAAUAAGCUUAAAGUGCUCAGAGGAAAGUACCACGCUGAAAACAAUUAAGUCACUGGUGGCCAAUGAGGCAAAAGCAUUUUCUAAAUCGGAAUCGAUUCUGAACAACAAUUGGGUACUGGCAUUAUCCAUUGAUGCUAAUUUGCGACCACUCGAUAACGUUAGAUCUUGUAACGCGUUAAUCUCCUUGGUGUAUUUUUCUUCGCUUGUCAACACAUCUUCAUUAUUCAAAGCGUGGGUAGGUCUGGAGCUGUCAAAGUGCUCAAAGCUCAACUCACUAAGCUCACUCCACGCAAAAAGGUGAUCCCUCUUUAUCUUUCCGCCUCCGAGUUCCUGCAACAAAGUGUUCUUGGUAGAGGCAUAAAGCAUCUUAUCCCGGAUAUGGGCGAUAUCUGGGAUGAAGCUUAUGAAUGCGUAUUCCUCGUCUUCAAGCGCUAGCAAAAUAUAUACUGGAUGUGGAUGGAUACUCGAGAUGUACUGGUUCAAUUGGGGGAACACUUGUGAUCUUUUUGGCGGUGGUAAGAUAGCUAAUCCCAAUCAGCAGAUUGGUGCACCAUCUGGAAAAUCUGAAACUUCAGCAAAUCCGGCUGACUUGUUCAAGAAAAAUGAUAUUUUGAUGUUUUCCACAAAGCCCAUCAAUUAUAUCGAAUCAGUUAAACCAAAUGGGUUCCACCUCUCAAACAACUUGUUCAUCUCGUCACCAGAUACGAAUGGUGACAUAAUUGGGGCUUUACUUGUGGAAACUGAGACUUAUGAAGUCAAUCUAUCUAAAGAAGGUUUCAAGAUCAUAAACGGAUUCUUGGUGGAGUUCAGUAAUGAUAUACUUAAAGUAUUCGAAAAAAUUAACCCCAAACCCGAGAUCUUGGUGGUAGGACUCGGGAAGAAGUCUCGAAUGUUAAGCCCCGAUAACAGGAAGUACUUGUCAAGUUUAGGUAUCCAGUUGGAAGUAGGAGAUUCUUCUCAUUCAGCCCAGAUUUUUGAUCUAUUAAGCACAGAAAGACCUAAGACCAUCGGAGCACUCUUGCUUCCUCCAAACGUAUAAACAACCCUGUAAAUAAAACCACACGACCGCAACGGUAUUAUAUAUGUGUAUUGGUAUAAAACUAUUAAAUAUAUUGUUCAUUCAUGUUCAACUGAAAUCUGAUUGUUCAUAACAAGGGUAUCAUCUAACGACUAGAAAACUUGGGAGAAGAAUCCUUUCUAUCGAAAUUAUAUGCAAAAGCAGAAAGGGAAAUAUUGGCUUCAUCAUUGUCGUUAUCGUGGUCGUUAUUGUGGUUGUGGUGGCGGUGGUGGUCUCCAGUCGUUUCAUGAGGACUGUAGAUACUGGGGUGAUUGGGAGUGCUCAUCAUCAUCAUUACUUGGCUAUUUUGGGUUUGGAUUCCUCCAACUGGAGCGGGAUGGCUGAACUUGGGAGGAGGCAUAUUGCUUUGACCGCUGGCCUGAGAAGGUUGUUGGUUAUACUGUUGACCCAUGAGGACUUGGUUUAAAAGCUGUUGUGACUGUGGAGAUGGUUUCUCAAACAUCUUAUCAAGGAAGAACUUUCCAUUGGGAGUUGAAGACAAGGCUCCAAAAUCAAACGAAGUAUGCUCAGUCCCUUGAGAUACGUUCAAAUUGCUGAGGUUCAUGGAGUUAUUACUCCCAGACAUUAAACUUGAGUCUUUGGUGACUGAGGUGUUUUCAUGAGAAGACUGUUGCUGUUGCGGGUGAGAAUUCGAUUUGCCCUGGGUUUGGGUAAGCCUACCGUUGGCGUGAGCUUGAGUUUCCACUGUCACUUCCUUCUUGCUGCUCUUCUUUUCUUUGGCCUUUCUGCCCUUUCUACCUCGUUUGGAUCCUGCUCCAUCUCCCAACAGAAUCUGGAAUUUGUUCAUUCCCGCUUGCAUCUGAGCCUUAUUAGAUGUUUUGAACCUCAAGUUGUUCACUUGAAUAUUGGUACCGAAUCUGGAUAUGGAGG